AAAACACUCACUUUAUUUCUGACAUGUAUGUCUGUUAUCGUUGAUAUAAUAGCGAUAAAAUGUUUGUUUGGAUUAAAUAGCAGUGUAAUUUUAUUAAACAAAAGACAUAUACCGUUUUAUUAAUUUUAUUGAAAGUUCACAUGUCGGAAGGAACUGAACAGUAAAUGGAUAAAUACGAGCAGCUGGAAAUCAUCGGAGAAGGCUCCUACGGUUUGGUGAUGAAAUGCAGGCACCGGGAGACCAACGUCGUGGUGGCCAUCAAGAAAUUCCUCGAAACCGAAGAGGACGCGACCAUAAGGAAAAUGGCCUUCAGGGAAAUUCGAAUGCUCAAAAGACUGAAACACGAAAAUCUCGUGCCAAUGAUAGAGGUGUUCCGGCACAAGAAACGGUUCUAUUUAGUGUUCGAGUAUUUAAAAGGAACGGUACUAGACGAAUUGGACAAGGCGCAAAGCGGCUUGGGAGAACAACGGUGCAGGGACAGGAUUUUUCAGGUGUUACGAGGAAUCGCCUACUGUCACAACAAUCAUGUUAUCCACAGGGACGUUAAGCCGGAGAAUGUCUUGGUUUCGUCGCUCGGGGUAGUGAAAUUGUGCGAUUUCGGCUUCGCAAGGCUAAUCAGUACAUCGGGCGAAACUUGCACCGAAUACGUGGCUACCAGAUGGUACCGAGCGCCCGAGCUCCUCGUCGGGGAACCGGUGUACGGGCCCGCCAUAGACGUUUGGGCCAUCGGUUGUCUCUUCUCCGAAAUGAUGACCGGCGAUCCUCUGUUUCCCGGCGAGAGCGACAUCGAUCAAAUUCACCACAUCACCAAACUAUUGGGGCCGCCGUGCUUGCGCCACCAACAAAUCCUAUCGCAAAACGAGAACUUUAGGGCAAUCGUGAAAUUUCCCGAGGUCGGUACGCCGCUGGGACUUUGCAAGUGGUUCGCGAAUUGGUCGAGUUACACCGUGGAUUUUCUCGGCAAAUGCCUGAAAAUGGACCCUAACGAUAGAUCUACUGCCAACGAGCUCCUCAGCCACAGUUUCUUCACUCACGAUAUGUACCCGCAAAAGUUCUUACUAGCGCUCAGGGAGAGAGUCUGUACCGAGCUGGACAAUCCGCUACUCAGGAAAUACAAGAACGAAAUCCUAACUUCAACGGAUAAAAAGAACGAGUUUUUGAAGAAACCCAACGACACCAAAUGGAGAUUCUCCUUCACCGAAGGAACGGUUAAAAGAAAACUGAACAACGAAUUCGUCAACAAGGAAUCCAGACCGCCCGUAGACGAUCACAACAUUCUCGCCUUAUCGGCCACCGCGCAAAGACUGAACAUGCUGAAGCAGCGGAUGCGGCAGAUUCAAACCACGUUCACCAAGCACCAGGAUGGCAAGGACUUGCCGGGGUUCCAAUCGCUGACGAAGGGUUUCGAUAGCCAAACGAAAGGAAACCAAAUCGAGCGCGCCAAAUUCGAGAGUUUGCCCCCGCUGAACGUCGGGGACUUCAAUUCGCAACAAAGCAACUCCUACCCUUCGAAGGUCCACUAUUACAACGCGGACACUUUUAGAAAGAUGACGAAUUCCAGGCAAAGUCAAAUUAUCGAUUGUAGUUCUUAUAGAGCUAAGAAUGGAAACGAUGCUGGUAGGUCGAAAAAGAAGCAUCCGCUGGAGAAAUCGACAGUUUUUAAUGACAAUAUUGAGGCUAGAGCGAAGUGCAAAAGGAAGAGAAACAUCCUGGACAUAAGUUUACCUUUUCCAUUUCACUCGAAAGAAUAUGGGUAAAAAUAUUUAUUUUAUUUAAACAACGUAAACAUUGCUUAUUCUAUUGCUAUUGUUAUAUAAUUUUAUGGAAUCCUUAUUGUAAGCUUUUAUACAUUUGAACGAAUAAACCUUACGUUUACGUACAAAACGGCUAUUUAUAAAAAUACUAUCCCCCUUUGUGGCUACGCAUAAAAGAAAGUUUAGAUGGAACUGUUUUAUGGGUUAGUACCGUAUGAGAUCAAAAUUCAUCUAACAACAAACGAAUUAAUUUAAUCAUUAAAAUUAAGUAUAAAUCUACUUAGUAA